CUCGAUAAUGUCUGAAAGAAAAACGUUGGUUCUAAGCGCUCUCUUGGUUUUCGGUUUAGUGAUUCAUAUGACCUCAGGUCAGGACUCGACGACAGUAGCUCCUGAUCCGACAGCAACGACGCCAGCAGAUCCUGGAUCAAAUACAACUACGCCCGGAGGCGGAAAUGAAACUCAGGCCGGAGGAUCAAGCACAACGCCGGCGCCUGGGUCUUCUGGAAAUAAUGAAGGACCGGAUACAACGGUCGACUACUGCGAACCCUCACUGUGCCCGCAUGGACACCUUCAUGUGGCAUGUAACGCCUCAAUGACUAUCACGCAUCGCUUAUGCGAAUUGGACGCCGAUAUUGUGCCCAUCAAUGAGAGGCUCCAGCACUUCAUAGUUACCGUCUUCAACACAUUGAGGAAUGACGUGUCCAAAGGUGGCUUAAACGGAUUGAGUCCUGCUGCCAGGAUGGCCUCUGUACAGUGGGAUCCAGAUCUCGCUUUCUUGGCCGAGUUCAAUGUACGGAAUUGUCAUCUGAGCCAUGACGAAUGCAGGAACACUAAAAAGUUUCCCCAUGCCGGCCAGACUGUGGCGUAUCGGGCCUUUAAAGGUAAUAUCCCUGACCUGGAGGACAUCAUAAAGGAUUGCUUCGGAUUAUGGUUGAACGAAAAUCUUAAUGUCCAUAUAGCAGACAUACUGAAGUUCAAAGGACUCAAAAAUAAACCGCCAAUGUACAACUUCUUGCAACUGAUGUUGGAAAGUAACGAUCAUUUCGGCUGUGCCAUCCUGCAGCAGACCCACAAUGGAUGGUUCCAAACCUAUCUGACCUGCAACUUUGCCGUGGGACUGGUUAAGGGCAAACACAUCUAUACCACCAGCCAGCUAGCGGGAUCAGGAUGCAAAACAGGAUCCCAUUCAAUCUUCCACAAUCUGUGCUCCCCGGACGAAAAGUAUGACACUGAGGUGCCAAAGGCCGAUUUCGCCUACCUUCGGGCAGAGGAGGAGGAGCCAGAUCCCAAAAUAUGGAUAACUGAAAGCGACGAAUCGGACACCAAAGACUACAUAGAAUACGAAAAACAUGGGAUUCACGUUAUGAUGCCCAAUCACGAGGAAUUCGUCUUUUUACAAGGAGAUGCUGCACCCGUCACCACUGUGGCAGCGGGUGGUGAUACCACCACAGCUCCAGCCGGAGGUGACACCACAACAGCAGCAGGAGGAGACAAUACGACUGGAGGACCAGAUGGUAACAACCAGACAAUGGCCAGCACCGGUGAAGAACAUAAUAGUACCGAUGCAGAAUCUCUAGUCGAGCCCACCACUUUGCCACCCGACCUAACUGCCCUUCAGCGAAAGUUCGCACGCUUUAUAUUCCUGAUGGACCUGGCGGAAACGGCCUCCUCCCACCGAAAGUUCGUGAUCACAACUAGCAACCACGAGAUAACCGAUAAACGACACGAAACGUCCCACAAUGAGACUGAGAAAGCAGCCAGGAGCCGCAAGCGGCAAUGGCGGAGUCGUCUGGCGGGCAGAUCCAUGAAGCUGAAACCGCAGCUCCGAUCUCGAAGAAUGCAAAUACGAAUAUAAAGUAAGCAUUACUAAAAAAGGACAAUAUUUGACAUUUAAUAUAAUAAAUAAAGAGUCUCAAGAUUAUAAUACAAAA